AUGCUUAAUCGGUCUGCCGCCGACACAUAUGGGGACAAUGCUAUAGCCUUUGUACAGCUCAAACGGGAUGACGGUGUAUGCACUGUGAAGGGAAGAAUAACUCCAGAGCAUAAAAUACGCAAUACUGCUUACAGAGUUCAAGCAAUAAUAGACGAAACUACUGAAGAAGACCAGAUUUGUGAAUGCCUAGACUGCCCAGCAUCAGAAGGUGGCUGUAAACAUGGAGUAGCAUUUUUAUUGUGGCUGCAUAGACGAAGUGAAGAACCUUCAGUCACUUCAACACAGUGCUAUUGGAAAAAGUCCAACCUUGCCAAAGCAGUACAAAUGAAUAAAGGGAUGAUUGAGCUGUGUGACAGAAAACCACCAGUACUUGCUGAAAAAAAUGCAAGUUUCCUUCAAGCUGUGUUAGAUACUUGCAGUAAGUCAGAAGGUACUCUAUUUUCGUUGUUUAAACCAAGCAAAUUUGAAGUAACCUCACUGCAUCAGAUAAUGCAAACUUUUUUGGCCUCGGAUACUAUUCAAAAGGAUGCAGAAGCAUUUAUGUCAUUUGCAAAAUGCAGGAUAACUGAUAGUGCUUGCAAAGAAGCAGAAAAAAGUACCCAAAGCCAGUCUGAUUCACCUGAAUGGUAUGAACUUCGGUAUGGAAGAAUCACUGCUUCCAUUGUAUAUGAAGCAUCUCGGUGCAAUACAUUAGAUGGAGCCCCUUCUGAAAAAAUUCUGGGAGCUGUGCCGGCCCUUCAGACAAAGGCAGUUCUUAGGGGAAAAGCUCUGGAAGCAGAAGUGUUGAAAGAAGUAUCUAAACAACAGAAGCUUAGCAUUCAAAAGGCAGGGCUGUACCUGAGAAAAGAUUACCCUAUUUUUGGGGCCUCUCCAGAUGGCAUUACAGACGAAUUUAUCCUGGAAGUUAAAUGUCCAUCAAAGGAGAAAACCGUUGAUAGAUACAUCCAACAAGGAAAAAUAAAUAUUAAAUUUCUUUGUCAAAUGCAAAUGCUAUUUGCGAGAAAAAGGAAGGGCCUUUUUUGUGUUGCAUCACCAGCUUUCGAGACCAACAGAAAUGUAACAGCCAUUGAGGUGGAAUAUGAUGAAAAGCUGAUUUCGGAUAUUUUAAGAAAAUCAGAAGAGUUUUGGAAAAAUGCUAUUUUUCCUGUUUUAUCUGGAAACUAA